UUAACCGGCGCGCGCGCACCUUCCGUGUUAUAACUUACCUGUUCAGCGAGACAUUGCACGAACUACAGGCAAAACCGACAGCUUGUUAUUUGUGUUAACUUCACGAAAACAGCUGACAUACUUUUUGAUGAGAGGAUUUAUUAACGGGCUGCGAUGUGGCGGAGUCUUCUGAUUCUGUAUCUCACGUGCCUAACCUAUACUAAAUCUUUAGAUCUGCUAUGUAACAGCGCUCCGGUAUUCAAGCAUGAUCAGAAUCAAACGAUUUUGGCGACGCUCGGCUCCAGCGUGCUCCUCACCUGCAAGGCCUUCAUGGGUUUCAACAACACAAAUUCAGACUGUAGAGACACCCUGGAGUGGAUGAAAGACGGCACAACUCUUCACAACUACACAGUUUACCCACAAGAAAAAAGUGAAUGGUACACUGACGAGGGUCACAUUAUUGACAGCAGUAUACUAAUAGUGACAUUGAGAGAUAAGGCUGAUUUCGGCAUCUACUCUUGUGUGGUGAGAAAUCGCACAUCGCAAUUCAACAUAAAGGAGUACAAAAUCCCGAGUCACACAGGGGCUGUGGUGGCGUCGGUGGUCUUAUUAGUAGUUCUCGCUCUGUCCGUGGUGGUUUAUUCCAAAUGCCAGCUCAACUUUAAACUCUGGUAUAAGAACGUAUAUGGAGACUAUGAGUUCAAUGAUGGCAAAAUGUAUGAUGCCUAUAUCUCGUAUGUCAACGAUGACAACGACCGUAAGUUUGUCAACUUUAUCCUGAAACCACACCUGGAGAACAGAUACGGCCAUAAGCUUCUCCUCAAUGACACAAACAUCCUUCCUGGAGCUGAGCCGUCCGCAGAGCUGGUUAUGAACAUUAGCCGCUGUCGGCGAUUGAUCGUGGUGCUGUCUCAAUCGUACCUCGAGCAGGAGUGGUGUACUACAAACUUUGGACAGGGUCUCUGGCAUUUAAUGGAGCUAUCAGGAAAGCCCAUCUUCAUCGUUUUUCAGUCCCAACAGAAGCAAAUGAACCAAACCAUCAGCCAGCAGCUGAAACAACAUCAGCCUCGCAUCACAACUCUCACAUGGGGAGCACACUCCAUGACCCCCUCUUCAGGAUUCUGGAAAGCUCUUGCUUUAGCAUUGCCACGCAAGGUGACGUUUCACAACGAAUGUGCAGGCGAUCCGCAAACGAUACUACAAGGUGAUGAAGAUCCCAUGCUCAUGCAGCAGCCUGAUUACCUGGACUGCAGACCGGACCCAGAUCCAGCUGGAGACCUGGGUAUUCGUUUGCCCAUCUACAAGACGCUUUCCACCAAAGCACCAGUUCUCCCUGCGGGUCCAGAUUCGAUGACUGAACCCCGGGCAUCAGACAUAGAUGUGUCGGACCUUGGCUCUAGAAACUAUGCUGCCCGCACUGACUUUUACUGCCUUGUUUCAGAAGAUAUAUAAGAUACAGUUCUGUUUCAAGCUUCGAUAUAGUAUGUGCUGGUUAGUUUUGAUGUCAUGUCGAGCUUUCUUGUGUUUAACUAGUUAUUAUUUUGCACUGUAUUAUCUCUUUAUUCCUUUAUGCAAGAUGUGUAAUAGCAUUGCAUGUCAUGUACAGUCAAAUUUCUGUUCUGUAUAUAUUUCAUAAAAAUUUUAAGGCCUGUUAAAGUGUGAUCCUGGACCAUUGCACGGGUAUAUUUGUAGCAAUAGCCAACAAUGCAUUGUAUGUGUCAAAAUGAUUGAUUUUUAAUUCCAGAAAUUAUCAGGAUAUUAAAUAAAGAUCAUGUUCCAUAUAAAUAUUUUGUAAAUUUCCUACUAUAAAAAUAAAAAAAUGUAUUUAUCAUUA